GUGGACGUGGUCGUGUGAAUGACUGACUGUAAAGCAAAUAAAGUAGUGUUACUCAAAGUGCAAUUUGGUUACAUAUAUGCAUAAGCAGAUCGGCAAGUUUACAUAGUGAAAUGCUGCUAAUUGUCUAUAAAUGUUGAACGACAUAGAAAAAGAAUCGACAAAAAUCAGUGAACAAAAAUUUGCGAGAAUUUUUUAAUUAAAAUAUACAUACAAAAUCUGAACAACGAAGGUCAUGAGUGGCACGCAACGAGGCAGCCAAACGCCAUUACAAUUGGUGUUAAUUCUCAUCACAGUACUUUGCAUAGCUCACAGCCAUGGCGCUGGGUCUGGCUCGGAUGCCGCACCUACUAAAAAGUCGGCUCCGUUGCGAAUAACGAAACCACAACCUGUCAGCACUACAAUAAAAACAACAGCAACACCAACAACAGCAGCAUCAACAACGACGAACGACGAAGCCAGCAGUAGCAUAGGUGAACAAUUGGCACCAUUAAUAUCCUCCACCACCGAGGGCACAACCGGCAGCAGCGGCGAUGGCAGCAGCAGUUAUGGCACAACCGCAGCAGGUAGUUUAGUGCCAGAAAUCUGCAUCAAUGGUCUGCAGCUGGUCGUGAGCAAUGCGCAGGGCGAGCGAAUUGUGCGUCGACAGCAUGAGUUGGUGGAAAUUAUUGAGGGAGAUGUGUUGCUCAGUGUGCUGACCAGUGAUCCAGCAUCGGCGCUGUUUGUCAUCAAUCGUGUCAAUCAAGCGAAUCUCAUUUCAGCUGACUUUGAAGUUGGUGUUCGUGCCAUAAAUGUGGAAAAUGCCAGUCUAGCAGAGAAUCUGUUAAUACAGGAGGUGCAAUACUUACAGCAAUGCACCACGUAUUCCAUAGGCAUAUUCAUGGAUUAUGAUCUUUACAAACGUCUGGAAUCUAUCAUUCACGAUUUGGAGUACAAUGUGUGGCCCAUCCCAACAACGCGUUCUUAUCUUUUCCCCAAGGUGGCGCACUUGCUGCAUCAGAUGCCCUGGGGCGAGAAGAUUGCCUCGGUUGAGAUAAUCACCGAAACUUUAGAUGUCUACAAUGAGUUCAUGGAUGCGGCACGUCAGGAACACAUGUGUCUAAUGCACUUUAAGAGCGAUGACAAUGUGUACAUUUUAUUUGGCAAUAAAAUGGCCAAUCACUUUAAGGAGAACGGCACUGUGUUCGUUGUGCCCACGGAACGCGCAGAGCAGGCUUUCCUAGAGGAACUUCCCAACAGGGCUUUUAUACUGAUGGAGAAUGAAAUAGAACUGCGCUCCAAUGACUUGGAUACAAUGCCCACUACACUGGAUGAGGUGCUCAUUGGCAAGUCUGUGUUGCCAUCACGUAUUCUCGCCUUGGCCACUCCCAUUGUUGACCUAAUGAACUGGCUGCGUAGUUCACUGGCCCAGCAUUGUAAGCGUGAUGAGGAGCUGUAUGUGCUCGAGAGUUGCUUCAACUUCCUCAACUUUAUUGAGGAUUGGCGUACGCCAGAGUUUCGUCAUCCCCACACAAUACCAGAGCUGUUGGCGUUGCUGCACAUGCGCAAACUGCCUGAAAUGAACUUCCAAAUGUAUCAGAAGAAAGUGCAAACAUUGGAUGUGAUAACAGGCGAAUCACGCAUGGAACUGCGUGAGAUUGCCAGCCAGAACUUUCUAACAAAUCAGACCAUCUACUAUCACUACAAUGGAGCGAACAAUACCAGCCUGGAGCUAAAGACCAAGUUCGGAUUGGUAUUCAAUUGUCAGUAUACGGCAGGUGACAAUCGGCGUCAUCCGUUUGUGUUCGAUGGCGAAUCUGUGAUGUUCUGGCGCAUCAAACUGGACACCUGGGUGGCAACUGGGCUGACGGCUGCCAUACUGGGCCUGAUUGCCACGUUGGCCAUUCUUGUGUUCAUUGUGGUGCGCAUCUCACUGGGCGACGUCUUCGAGGGCAAUCCGGUCACCUCCAUAUUGCUGCUUCUGUCACUUGUGCUUGUCUUCUGCUCCUUUGUGCCCUUCUCCAUGGAGUAUGUGGGCGAGCAACGCAACUCGCAUGUCACCUUCGAGGAUGUCCACACAUUGAACACGCUCUGCGCUGUACGUGUAUUCAUCAUGACGCUGGUCUAUUGCUUUGUCUUCUCACUGCUGCUCUGCCGUGCUGUUAUGCUUGCUUCGAUUGGGUCCGAAGGCGGUUUUCUAUCCCAUGUCAAUGGUUACAUUCAGGCGGUCAUCUGUGCAUUCAGCGUGUGCGUCCAGGUCGGUAUGUCCGUGCAAUUGCUGGUAGUCAUGCACAUGGCAUCUGAGAGCGUCUCCUGUGAGAACAUCUAUUACGGCCGUUGGCUGUGGGGACUCUUGGCCUAUGACUUUCUGUUGCUGUGCUGUCUGGUCAGCUUGGUGCCGUUUAUCUAUCGAUCGCAGCGCAACUAUCGCGAAGGCAUUCUAAUUGUGAUUGGAGCUGUGCUGAUGCUGAUCAUCUGGGCUGUCUGGAUUACGCUUUCGCUGUUUGGUGACGAGUGGCGGGAUGCAGCCAUACCGCUGGGUCUGCAGGCCAGUGGCUGGGCUGUCCUCAUCGGCAUUCUCAUACCGCGCACGUUUCUCAUUGUGCGCGGCAUUGAACGCUCCGAUAUUGCUCAAGCGUUGCCCUCGCUCACUUCCCUGGCCUUUGCCCAAAACAAUCAGUACUCUUCGGAACAGAGCGUCUAUGAGUGUGUGAAUCCCGCCAUGCGGCACUGUUCGCAAGAGGAAAUGAAUCAUCAGUCACCGAGUGAAAUACCCACAUUGCCGCUGCGUGGUGGUGGCCCACGCCGUCAACAAUUCUUCGCUAACCUUCGUCAGGCCAAUGCAAAUAUUAAUCCGCAACGUCCACCGCCGCGUCCACAACAAAGUCCUUCGCGUUCGUCGGUCUGCUCGUUGCCGCCCUCACCGGAAAACAGCAAGAUAACGCGUUUCUGAAUCGAAGCGUCAGUCAAACUCUUCCGCUCCACUUCUAGUCAAAACCGCAAGAACGUGCAUUCAGUAAAUUGCUGUAAUCUCUAUUUGUUAAAAACGUACCAUCUUAUCUAAUAACGAACCAAUAACUAGAUGCCAUUUAAGACUUGAACAAAAAUAAAUGGAAAUAUAAAUGAUCUAAAUACAA